GUACACAUUUUCUUAUUUAUGUCAAAUUUUGCAACAAAUUUUUUUGCCUUACCAAUCAUGCGGUGUGGGUGCUCACCGGCGCUGGAGCUGAGGUUCUGCGAAUUCUUGUUUAGGGAUCCGAUGGAGAGCUCGGAUAUGGCAUCGCAGCCGUUGAGCGACAGGGUCACGCCGAAGCUCCUCCUCGGCUGCACGGAUUGCGUCACUGUCAUGCCGGGCGAGCCGCAGACUGGAUCCGGAAAGACAUAUACGACGGGUACCAAUUAUACUGGUGAAGCUGAUCGUGGAGGAAUAAUUGCACCUCUCAUGGAGAUGAUAUUCAGGAAAUCUGAUGCGAUGAACCGUCAUACAGAGUUCUUAAUUAGGGUAUCCUUCAUCGAGAUAUUCAAGGAGGAAGUAUUUGAUUUACUUGAUGAUCAUGGGUCUGUUGCAAAAGUGGCAGCGCCUGCUAGAGUGCCUAUUCAGAUUCGACAAAACUGCAAAUGGAAGCAUUACACUUGA